UCUCCCCUCCGCCGCCGCCCGCUCAGCCGUCCCAACAUGGCGAAGACGUACGAUUACCUCUUCAAGCUGCUGCUGAUCGGUGACAGCGGCGUCGGCAAAACCUGCCUCCUUUUCCGCUUCUCGGAGGACGCCUUCAACACGACUUUCAUCUCCACGAUAGGAAUUGAUUUCAAAAUACGAACAGUGGAACUAGAUGGGAAGAAAAUCAAGCUCCAGAUAUGGGACACAGCAGGUCAAGAAAGAUUCCGUACCAUCACAACCGCAUACUACAGAGGAGCUAUGGGAAUAAUGUUGGUAUAUGACAUAACAAAUGAGAAGUCUUUUGAUAACAUAAAGAACUGGAUAAGGAAUAUUGAAGAGCAUGCGUCUUCAGAUGUGGAAAGGAUGAUUCUGGGCAACAAAUGUGAUAUGAAUGAGAAAAGGCAAGUGUCAAAGGAGAGAGGGGAGAAGUUAGCGAUAGAUUAUGGGAUUAAAUUCCUGGAAACCAGUGCAAAAUCCAGCAUAAACGUUGAAGAGGCAUUUAUUACACUUGCACGGGAUAUCAUGUCAAAACUCAACCGGAAAAUGAAUGAAAACAGUCCUCCAGGAGGCAGUGGACAAGUUAAAAUCACCGCCAAGAACCAGUCAAAGAAAAGCAGUUUCUUCCGGUGUACGCUGCUUUGAUGGACCUAAAAUGACAGACUGCAGCAUCCUUAGGGCAACCUUCUUUGCUUCCGUGAAAGCACAGUGUUGAUCAGCCUCUGAAAUUAAUUCCACCUGCUGCUGCUGAGAGCUUGCUGUUUGCAGAUCACCCGUUGGUCUUCCCUGAAUGGGUUGGGCAGAUACACGUGUGCUAUCCCGAGCCCACCCUUUCAUUCCACUCCUCCCUCUACCCCCCCCCCCCCAUAGCUCAUGUUUGGCCACUGUGACAGAAAAUGGAAAUGGAAGAAUUGGAGAUACAGGAAUAUGCUGUGUGAACUUGUUUAAUCUCGACUGCCUGCUGUAGAAGCUGCUGUCUGUGAAUGGAACCAUCCCUACAGUAUCUAUGCCAAAUUCGCCUUUGGUUCUGGCAAACUCCUUGCAACUUUAUUUGUGCUUGUGUUCCCAUUACCAACUCUCUAACCUUUCCUAGCCUCCUUUUCCCUUCCUCUAUUCUCAUCUCUCAAUACAAAUCCUUCUGGAUCUCAGUUUCCUUUUUCAAUUUGCUACGCACAUUGCCAUAACCAGGUUAACUUGAAUAUUAAAAGCAGUGGCCCUGGACAGGUUGAACUCUGAAUGCUCUUUUUUUCGGCUAAGUGCCCUGAAGUAAAAGCUACCUAGAUGAUUUCUAUCUCAGUGUUUGUCUAGUGAAAUUUCCUUGUGAUUGCUUGUAUCAGCCAGCCUAGUGUUGGGGCUAGAGUUAGUUGCUGACUGCUAGAUGCAGGAGUGCUGCACUGGAACUUCAUGCCUUUGUGUCAAGAUGGAGACAUCAGCCAUGGAUCCUACUGUUUAUUGUUGACCCAUCACUCUCCUGUCAUUGAAAGUACUUUGUGUGAGAUUGUUGAGCAGCUUGGUGGUGAUGUUCUGACCAAAUGAGCUGUUCAGGGCAUGCAGAGGGAAAAGGGCCACUUCGAUCCUCAUGAGCCCCAGUGCCAGCAAGGAGUCUGUGUCUUGAGAGGCAGAGUGGUGAAAGAAUGGAGGCAAAGCACUCAGACUAUAUGUGACUGGAUUUUAGAGGGUGUAGCUGGAAGGACGAGCAUCCCCAUAAUUUGGAAACCAGUAAGACGAGCACAGACAUUGUAUGGCGUGGUGGGAGUGCUGACUGGACAUAGGCUCUCUCUGAUAUUGCCAAACUCACUGUCUUUGCUGCUCCAUCUUUGAAACUCCACUUGAGAGGCAGUACCUUCCUAAGUUGCACUGUGUGACCACAAUCAUCUUUUUCCCCUGUGUAUUGAGCCACACCACCAGAGGCUCUCUCUCUCUGAUGUAUGUUCUUUAUUGGCAGCCCCUCUGGACUUUGUGCUGCUCUUAGUCACUUGAUACUAGACACAAACUUUGUCUCUCAGGCUGUUUUGGUACACUGUAACAAACUGAAUCAGAUUCAAGUGGCUGCUUCUUACAGUGCUGAGGUCUGUAUGCCCUGACUGCCAGAGCACUAUUGUUGAAUGUUUCUUUCAUACCAUGGCUGCAGUCAUUGUGUGGUAAUAGUAGAGAAUCUGUAGCCUGUUCUUUAACACCUGUGAGCAUGUUGUUGACAAGUCUCCUGCAAUUUCUUCGUCUAAAGACAUCAAUCUCAUGAUUUUGAUAUUAAAGCUUUAUUAUAAGGAAAACCACUGGGCAUUAUCAGAGAUGCAUCAAAUGUUGCAAUUGUCUUAUAAGCCUUGACUUUUGACAUGUCACUGACCAUUUACUGGCAAUUGCUACAAGAAUGUGUACACACAUGCCUGUCUCCAAGAACAACCUUCUCCAGCCUGUAAUGACUAUUAUCAAAUAUGCUUCUUGACGCAGCGGUACAGUGGAGUAUAUGCUCUGAUGUAUAAAAAAAAGUUUUUGCUAUUUUCUUAACUGUAGCUAUGCUAAAUUAUAAAUACAUCGCGGAAGCCCGUAGGAAGUUCACUUUCCGCAUGGCAAGAGUGAGGUUUCUAAAAGAAACGAUUUGCAUUGGUAUUAAAUGCUUUCUUAUUGUGAACUUGUUCACAACACUGUAACAGUAAGUCUGCAAAACUGGGGGUUGGCUUGCAGUAUGGAUACUAAUUAACAGAAAAAACUAUUCCCUGUGGAUUUUGAAUCUUGUUUCAUAAAAUGAUCAAUGUGUAUAGUUUACAAGAAACUGGACUGUGGAAAAGAAAGCAUAUUUGCAGCAGUAUUACUGUUUCCAGGGCUGCACUUUAUUAUCAUUAAUUCUUAAUAAACUACAGUGUUUAUUUUUAAUCUCGGUCCUGUGGAAUGCAGAGUUUGGCAUAACUGAGCUUUGCAGUAACUGUAGGCACACGUUAAUUUGUGCCCAUGACUGUAUCGUGUUGCAUAAAAUCUUGUUCAAUAGACAGAAAAUAACUUUUUAAAUUACCUUACAGUUUGUCAAGAACAUUUACCAGGGACCAUCAGUAAUUUUAUUGCAUUGUAAAUUAAAAUACAUUAUCACACUCCUUCCUUGCCCUUUCCAAAAGCCCUUGGAAAUUUUUAAGUGUGUUUUUUUUAUUAAUUCUAAACAUUUGAAAUAUUUGAGAAAACCCUGACAAUAUUGUAUGUACCUGCAGCUAAAUGAAUAGGAUGAGUUCCUAUGAUAAGUGUUUUAACAUUUGAAUCCAAUUAAUUCAUGUACUGAUGUUCUGUAAAGUAAACUUGGUGGGUUUUAUUAUUCAGUGUGGACUUUUUUUUUAUAAUGAGUCUGAAAUAAAAAUUAAAU